AUCCGGAGUCAAACCCGGAAGUUACUGGUGGCUAUUUAAGUCGCGCAGGCGGGAUGCGGCUCGCAGAGGAUCACUUGCGUCAAUGUUUGUGCAUCCUUAGUUUUCUGUCAUGUUAUUCAAUUUCUAUAUCGCCAGUAAAUUGCAGGGCACAUACGGACGAAUGAGUCAUUAGUUAUCCCUAAGACGGGGGACAUGAACACUUUCCAUUAUUAAGUUACACUCAGUAGAUAGCGCUACAGCCAGUGAAAUGUUAAACGAAAUAAUGAAAUAAAAUUUUAGAAGAAAAAAAUGUAAUUUGUUUAUUCUUCGUGGCUUCAUAAACCCGCAACUGUCAGUUUUCAAUUGCAAAAGUGACAACUGCAGUGAUUAUUGCAAGCCAAGCCUUUGUGUAUUUAUAGAUAAACUGGGGGUGGGAGUUAAAAUAAUAGGGGGCACUGUAAAAAAAUAAUAAAAAAAAAAAGUUUAGAAACCACUGAGUUAACCUAACAAGUAACCAGUUAAAGUUCAAGACAAAUGGGAAAAAAAUAGAAAAUUUAGAGUUAAAUGUCCCUUAAAUGUAAGUUUUGGGAAUAUGGGAGUAAGUCAUGGGGAAACCUUCAAAAGGCCGGGGAGAGAAUUUAAUACAGAGAUUACUGCAGAGGUGGGACCAACUCACACGUCUCAUCUUUCCCCCCAAAGUCCAGAGCCAAGUGCUAAUUCAUGGCAGUGUAGUCCUGAGCCAAGUUGCAAGUCUUGGACUUUAAAACAGGACUUGCGACUUGACUUCAAGCCACAGUCAAGUUGCACUUCCUAGACAUUAAAGCGGCAAGUCGAGGACUUGCAACUUCAUUUGGGACUUGACUCUGAACUUUCCUGACUCGCCUCAGCAAUUGAGGGAAAAGAGACUUGAGACUUGGUCCCACCAAUGGAGAUUCAAACCCUGAUUUCUGGACUGCGAGGGCGAUGGGGGCAGACGACGGCCCAGGUGCGGCCGUGGCCUGGAGGAAGGUGCUGUGGGAGCGCCAGCCGUACCCUGACAACUACGUGGACCGACGCUUUUUGGAGGAGCUUCGCAGGAACGAAGGUCUCCGCCAGUACCGCUACUGGGCCGUGGUACAAGAGGCGGGCCUGGUGGGGGAGCAGCUCUCCUGCGUGGCCAUUUUCAUCACCCUCUGGCUCUACAUGGAGGAGGUAAAUUAUGGCCAGGGUCUACAACAGCUGACUGAGAGGCCAGGAACUAUCUCGUUCUCCAUCCACCGAAAGGAUAAAAUUGGAAUGGUGCACUAUGGGGGCCUUCUGUCUCCAGAGACUCUCCUGGUUAUCAGCCUGGCUAGCUCCCUGCUAGGCUACGGACUGUACCAAGCCCUCGCGUCUCAAGCCCAACCAGUCCUCCAACCUCGGACCCGUCUGGCCGACUUACAGAGCGCCGCCAUUUUCCUGGCCUUCAUCUUCGGCUUCUCGCCAGUACUAAAAACGCUCACAGAGUCCGUGAGCACGGACACUGUGUACGCCAUGUCGGCCAUCAUGCUGUUGGCUCACUUGGUGUCUUUCCCGUAUGCCUACCCCUCAACCCCGGGCUGCCUGUCCCUCAACGCGGCCCUGUUCGCAUCCGUGUGUCUGGCCUCCCGCCUCCCGGGAACCCUUCAUACCUUCACUAUGCUCAGCUGCGCCCUAAUGGUCUUCGCCUUGUGGCCCUGCCUGCUGGGGCAGGUGAAGGACAGGGCCCCGCGCUACUUUGCGGCCGUGUGCGCCGGGGUGUGCGCAGCGGGCGUCGGCGGCCUGGCGUCGCGCUGGCCCGUCGGGGCGGCCAUCCUGGCGCUGGCCCUGGUGAGCGUGAUGUUGAUGUGCCCCUGGCUGCUGGUGCGGCUCCAGAGGCACAAGGAUAACAUUCACGGGCCUUGGGACGAGGCGGAGAUCCGCGAAGACCUCAGCCGCUUCCUCCAUUGAAGAAGGCCUAGAUGAAGCACAGAUGCCGGCUGGGCACUUCAUUAUGUACACAGAGUAAUGACGAACAGGUCGCCAAAGCACCAUUCUCAAACUUUAGUGGCAACUAAUCACUAAUACGAUGCACACUUGAAACUAACUGCACUAAAAUUUAAAUCACGAGUCAAAAGUAUUUCACAAAGUGACUGAUCUUAAAAUUCAACAUUUAAAGAUUAGUUUUGAACAGAAACUCUAUCGGCUGGUCAUUUUCAAAAUUAUCAAUAAAUAUGAUGCCACGCAGCCACCACAUUAGAUUGUGGCAGGAAAAAAGUUUUGGAGUUUAGUGUCACGCAAGUCUUACGAUACCUGUUUCCGAUUAGGGAUCAAUUGGCAAAUUCUCUACUAGGAGGAGGACCUCCCGUUCAAUUUUGGGUGUGCGUCAUUGAGAGUUUUUUUUGUGCAUCCUAAAGGCAAACUAGAAUAUUAGAGAAACAGAUUUCGGUAUGACCAAAAAAUAGACAGGCCAUUAUCUUUGUAAAAGCAAUUUACAAAGAUGAUGGAGCUCAUUAGAACCUAAUUUAUUGAGCUAAUGCAGAAAGUGUGAUUGUGAAAUCCUUUUCAUUUACACUAAUUUUACUUGCAGGGAACAAAUUGUUAAAUGAGAUGCAGUUGCUAUUUUAAUAUUUAAAGUGUUGACCUCAGUGUUUAUAUUAUGCAUUCAGUCUGAUGCAUCAGGAAAGUAUUCACAUUGCUUUACUAUUUCACGCCUACCUUUUUUUUAAUGCUACUUCUUUACUACCAGAUUAAAUUAUUCCCCCGGCCCCCUUGAUAUCCUGCACACAUGAUCCCACAAAGACACCAUGAAAUGGGUUUUAAAUAGUUUGCAAAUUUAUUGGGAAAGAAAAACUAAAAUUACCACAUUUUAUGUCACAGCCUUAAUGCAAAAUAAAUGUUUUCCCCGGUGACAUUUUACAGGCAAAUCCCAAUAUUAUUUUUCCUUAUUUAUCAAAAAUUAAAUGUUUAAUGUGGGGAAAGCGACAUAUGGGAAAAGUAAAAUGCAGUGAAUCAUUUCUGAAAUGGGUUCUAUUAAUUUUUAAUUACAGUGCCGAGUGUGAAAAUGAACAAUUUUAAUACAAUAAAUAACGAUCAUGUGUCAAACGCUUAACUGUAAAAAAAAAAAAAAAAAAAGACAAAUAAAUCCGAGUGUUACUGUUAUUGUUGGCAAUGGAAAACAACUUUUCCUUCCUUACAGCUUUUAGCGUUUCGAGCUCUAGAGAGCAGCACACUCCUUCCAUAGUUUCAUCUUUUUUUUUUUUUUUUGCCAGAUAUCACAAGACUACAGCGAUCCGACACGUGACAGUAACUCAAGGCCUGCUCAUUUUACUACUUCCUGUUUUUCAUGGAGAUGUUUUAUAUAUGUGCCCUACAUUUUUUAAUCCAAAUAAUUAUUGUUAUGACUUAAUUACUGCCUUGUAAUAGACUACGGGUAGAAAUUGGCAUUAUGUCACCGCUGUAGGAACCUGUACAAUAUGAAAUGUUAUAAAAAUGUAUUUAUAAAAAUAAAGUCCUCCAAUCUUACUAGAAAAACUUUGCAUGACUUGAACAUUUUUUUCCCCCUAACGAUUAUCCAUCCAUCCAUCCAUCCAUCCACCUAUCAAAGGGUGUG